CGGCGUAGGACACCAAUGUGAAAAUGCUCUAUCUUUUCCUUGUUAAUCGAAUCAGGCAUGGCGCUAGGAUACCUACAAGGGCCGUAUCUGUUCACGUCCCUUCCGCGUUGGCAAUUCCGCCGGUGUGGGGAUAUCCACGUCAGUUUCAUCUUUAUAAACAGAAAUCAACUUCUGGUUAACUAGCUUGUUGUUAAGUAACGGCAUAUGCAAUACAUAUCUCUGGCAGCUUAGCUUAGGUAGCUACCAUCUAAACAGCCGCUACAGAUAUGUCAUCAAUUGAGACCGAUGAUACCUACGAUUUUGUCUUUAAAAUAGUUUUAGUUGGAGAUGUCGGGGUGGGCAAAACUUGUGUGGUUCAACGUUUCAAAACUGGCGUAUUUAUCGAGAGACAAGGAAAUACAAUUGGGGUGGACUUUACAAUGAAGACUAUGGAUAUUCAAGGAAAGAGAGUCAAGCUGCAGAUCUGGGACACAGCUGGACAGGAGCGUUUCCGCACCAUCACGCAGAGUUACUACCGUAGCACAAAUGGUGCCAUCAUCACCUAUGACAUCACUAAGAAGGCCUCCUUCAUGUCUGUGCCGAAGUGGAUGGAAGAUGUCAAGAAAUAUGGAGGCUCCAACAUUGUUCCUCUUCUAAUUGGUAAUAAAUCGGACUUGGAAGAGAUGCGUGAAGUCCCCUUUGAAGAUGCACAGACAAUGGCUAACCAACUGGAGUUCAUCCAUGCUAUAGAAACGUCAGCAAAGAGCUCCAGCAACGUGGAUGAGGCCUUCAACAAAAUGGCUGCCGAACUCAUCCUUAGGCAUGGUGGGCCCAUGUUCAAUGAAAACGUUACGGACAGCUUCAAACUCAACAGCAAGGACGUAGCCGCCGAGGGUUGGGGAUGUGGAUGUUGACACCUAACCUAAUCCAUAGUAAUACUGUAGAGCUGUGGAUAUUGAUGUCAUUCUCAGAGUUAAUGUGUGUUCCUGAGCUGGCAGAACAAGUUAACCUGUGCAAUACAUCAACUCACGCCUAAUAUUAUUUUACUGGGACCAGUUUCAGCACUUCAGUGUAGCAGUAGCUCAGCUCAGCUGAAAUGAAACCAAUGUGAGGAAGUUGCCUGUAAAUGGCCAGUAAAAGUCUGCCAUGAAGCACAUGCAAAUUUAAAGAACAGUUGCACAGGGCAGAGGAACUGUAGCAAUCGGCGGAAUAUUUAUGUACAAACAAGUUAAUUAUUACCGCCUAGAGAUGAUCACACACAGCAAACAUGGAGGAUAAUCACUAGCCAUGUUGUAAUUCCACUGUUCGACCAGAAAAUGUCACAUUUAUGCUGAGCUUUUUGUUUUUCUUAACAGUGUUCAAUAGAAAGAGAAACAAUGCAAAUCAGGCAUCAUCCAUGUGGUGGUGGUGGUGGUGGUGGUGGGGGGAGGGGAGGGGGUAUUUGUAUCUGAUCAAAUCAGAGCACCAGGAACAUCAACAUCGGUAUGAUUUAAAUUAUGAUUUAUGCUUGUUCUGCGAAAGAACAUGCGGUUACUAUGGUACUGUCCAACUUCUGAUUGAUUUCUAUGUGUGUAUUUAUUACACUGUAAUUUAAGUCAACAAUAUCUUUAAGAAAAUAAGAUUUAAAAAUGUAAUGCAACUGAAACUGAAUUUAAUAGCAAAAAUAUUUUAUGUACCUUCAUUAGAAUUUUAUCUUAAGUGUUAAAUAAUGGUUCAAUGCCAUUAGCCCAGACUUUUUUGUCAUUGACUUAUCUUGGCUUUUGCUCUUUUAUGAAAACAAUCAGAACAGUUUAAUUUGCACCCUUAAAAUACAUUUUGUAUGAAUGAUCAUUUUCCUUUCUAGUGUGCAGUAAUCCAGUCUGCUCAGUGUCUUCAGCAACAGUUACAGUAGUGAAAUAUUCAAAUGGAAAAAGGAAAUGUCUUAAUACAUGUUAGUUCAGUGAUGAUUUGUUUUAUUGCUCAAUUCUGAGGCAUAUACACCACAUGGCUAAAUUUGAUUUAACCGUCACAGAGAUGAGAGGAUUCCCCACAGUGUAGAAGGGUUCUUUGUGGACACCGUCUGGUGGGCCAUUUUAUUGUCCGAGAGGACCUGCUUGCCACAGAUAUGCACUCUGCGGCAAGUCAAUUUACUUCUGCUUCUGUUGCCAAUAAAUGAUGUCAUAUUUUCUAAUUUUUCACUAUGUGGCUGGAUGACUAAAAAUAGCAUAGUGUGUUGACAGCUGUGUGAUCUAGAGGGAGAUGGUGUAUAACUUCUGGGAGGGGUGGAUACAACUAUUCGUCAACUGCUAUUAUAACAGAAAUGUGAGUUUGGGAAUGAAGGAAACCAUUAUGAGUAUUAUUACAGUCCUGUGCAAUGAAGGAUCCGUCUGAAAUUAAUCAAUACCAAGGCUAGUUGUCAGGUAGAGGAAUCACUUUCCUAGUGCAGUAGACUAGGCCGUGUAAUUCAUCUUAAUAUCAAACUUGAAAUUCUUCCUAUAAAUUGGCAUGGACAGUGAUCAGGUGCAGAAUUGGUAUUUCUCAGUAAUUAACUGCCUAUGAGCAUACCUCAAAGCCAUGUAGGAAUUAAAAUGGCAAACUAUGAAUUCUUGGAAAACUGUCUCAUUAAGUUUAACAUGAAAUAGUAUGUGCAAAAAUAGUUGUAUGAGGAAAAGAAUUUCAACAUGUCAAGUUUAAAGUUCUUUUUUACAACAUUUUGGAACAAUUUACUCUGCAUUUCAGAACUUUAAAGGCAGUUGGAGUAGAUUAUUUUAGUGUUUAUGUCAUUUUCUUCUUUCCUUGCUAAGUAAAAAAGUUGCCUUUAUGGAUUUUAAUCAUUUUCUUGUUAAAACAUUUUAGUGUGGUCUCCUAUUGCAUUAGCAUAUGAAGGCAGAUAUCAGGAAUUAUAUUACUGUAAAUCUAUUUCUAUUUUCUUAGAUUCUAUUUUGUAUGGUACCUGUUCAUUAAAAUACAAAUCAAAAAGCAAAAUAUUUGUAAUUUUAAUACUAUAUACAUAUUUAGGAUGGUUGUGAUUACGAUACUUCUAAUGACUUGAAAAUGUAUUUAAUAUAAUGAUAGAGAGGGUGACAUAUAUAUUCUCUUUGUUUUAAUUGAGUGCCUUUAAUGCUUAUUCUCUCAAAAGUAGGAACAGGACUGAUGACUAUUUGUUUGUGUGUUUAAAAAUACGAAUAGGAUACAUAUAAGUAUGAAUUGUUGAUAAGCUUCUUUAUUACCCAGUCACUUUUAUUAAUCAUAUUUUAUUUCAUCUGUAUUCUGAGUAAAUUCUUUAAAUUAUUUCUGUGUUUAUACUGAAUAAAUGACAGUUUCUGAAGAAUGUA